AUGAAUCAAAACAAGUCAUCGCAAGUCACCACUGAUCCACUUCCCAAGAGUGUAAAGGUGCGAACGACUUGCAAUGCUUGCCAGCAGGCGAAGAUUCGAUGCAGCCAUGAGAAACCGUCAUGUUUACGAUGCCAAAAGCACAACUACAGCUGUAUCUACAGCAUUUCUCGACGAUUAGGGAGACCGGCCAAGAAAAAAGAUACUGCAACGAAUGGAAACCAUUUCAACACGCAAAAACAGGCCCGAGGUCCUUUGGAUAAGAGAUUCCGUGGGUACCCCAGGAAGAAGAGUAUCAUAGAGGAGCCGGUGCAUGAAGGCAGGGCGAAUCUAUCAAGCUACCAGUGUGUCAAUGAGAGAGCGAUGCUUGACAACAAUGCAAGCGAUAGCCUCGAAAAUCUUGGUGUGGAUGAUGCAAGUCUACACCAAGACUGCCUUAUGGAUCCUAAUCAUAAUUGGUUGCAGGAGUUCAUGUCUAAUCCUGUCGCGGAUUUAGUGCAGGAGCGCGAACUGCUAUACUCCCUCGGCCUGAGCAACAACAAGACCGAGAGCGUCAACAACACGAGUCCCUCUCAUGCAAGCCACUUUACAAGCCCAUCAAGAAGUUUCCUUACGACGGACUCUCAAGACCAAGCCCCAGAGUGCUACUAUCUGGCUCCGAGCAACUUCCCUAGUCACAGCCAGUCCCCUGCGGAUGACGCCCACGGACCUGCAAACAGUCGGACCCCUGACCCUGAAGGUUUGAAAAAAGACCCUCUCGCCUGGCUACAGCUGGCUACCUCGUCUAUCGAUAGUAUUCCACCAACGGUAACCAGAGCGAUGUCAGCGACGGAGCCUUCCGGCAGUUUCAUCCCAACGAGAGCUCCGAAGCUUAACAACGUCUACAGCUAUGUGCCAGAACACUUCAAGACAAACCCCACCAUGACUAGUUUCCAAUAUCAGUGCCAAUGCCACGAACCGACGAUACGCGAGUUGAUUCAGGUCAACAACUUUGCAUCGCGUGCGGGCCCUGCAGCUACGAUUGACUCCAUCUUGAAUUGUCAGCGCGUGCUGCAGCAACUUUCUCACACCAUCCUUCAAUGCAACCUAUGCUCCCGUACCUGGAUCAAUCUCCUGAUGAUGGUUGUGGUCAGCAUUGACAGCCUAGUGACCGCUCUAGAAGCCAUUAUAUCUCUGGACAGCGAACUCGCAGAAAGGCUGUCCGCGGAGAAUCCUGAGCCACUCCCUACAAGUAACAGGCCCGAUAACAUUCCCAACGCGAACUUUAGACGAUGCCGAGCAAGCAGCCUCUAUCUGAAGACACAGGUGGAUGCCUGUCCGUUAGUGGUAGGAGGAUUCUGUGUUCCAUUCGAGGACAAAUUUCUUUUCAUAGCCCAGGUGCUGUACCUCCGGUUAUCAGAGUUGCAGAUGACCGUUCGUCGCAUCCGUCUAUGUACGCAAGAGUUUUUGGCAGUCCCUGCUGCCCGGGGCAGGCUGGGAAUGAUAAUGGAGACCGAUCAGCGGCUGGAGCUGGUUAUGAUGAAAACGAAAUUGCUAGCACAGUCAUGA